AUGCAGGACCUCCGAGUGACAAGCCUCGCAGUCAACUACAACCUCAUCUCGUGGCGCAUUGGCCGGAACAGAGUCCUCAUCGGCUCCGACGACGGACUGUCAUUCCCCGCCAAUCCCCCACACAAGCCACGGCGGCCACGCAAGGACGGCAAGGAGUGGACCGAGCGAGAGGAACCUACGGGUCGCAAGCUUGCGAGAUUGAGGGAACGUAUUGCUCUCUACGAUGCAAUACUACAGAGCAUCGACUCUAUCAAGGAACUCCGAGGUGCUGUGCGGGACACCGCCUUCAUCGCCGAAUUAGAUGGCCAGCGCGCAUACUUCCAGGCACUCAAGUGCUUAAAUCUCUCGCAUUCCUAUGCCUUUUUGAACACCCCAAAGCAGGCACUGGCGCUAUGUAAUCGUGCAUUAUCACUGUCAGCACAAGCCACAUCUGCUCCCGGGACCUCUCCUCCAUCCGCCUCCUCAGCAACCAAGCUACACGUCUCCACAGAGCAAGCGCAGAAUUUACAAAAGCACCUCGAGAACCUCAACUCGCAUUACCGCGGCGUAGUCGCGCUCUCCCAACUCAUCGCCAGUUCAGCAACCGCCAACAAAACUGGACCCACAAAUGCAGCGCCCGUCGUCGAGCGCCUCAACGAGUACCCAGCGUCCGGAUCCGUGGAGCUCAAGAACCUUGUCACUUGGCCGCCGAAACUCAAGCCUGUUCCCGUUAAGCCGCUGUUCUUGGACGUAGCUUGGAACUACGUCGAGUAUCCUGGUCGUGCCCCUGCUGUACAGAAGCCGGAGCCUGAGCCGGCGGCGGCGGUGGAAGAGCAGAAGGCUGAACGGCCACAGCAAAAGAAGGGCUGGUUCUCGUUUGGAAGGUAG